UUACGACCAAUUCUGCCCUGCUAAGCGAAAAGACCGUAACUGACAAAAUUAAGGAAUUUGAGGUUAGAGGUGAUUUUUAUGUUAUUGACAACGAGGAAUCCAAAAAAAUAAGCUAAAAGACCGUAUCUACAACAGUUUUUGAGAUAAUCAAUAUGAAAUAUACCGUAACUACACUUCAAUUCUGAAUUUCUAAGCCAAAACACCGUAUCUACUAUGUCUAAGCAAAAUAAACGUAUGUGCGGUGCAGAUACGGUUGUUUUGCUUAGUCUCGUGCAGAUACUGUUUUCUUGCUUAGAAUAUCUAUUACGUCACAUGUAGUUACCCAUUUGGAUUAACUUUUGAGACGUGUGCAAUUAAGCUUGACUUUGUUAAUAGUGUAACAUUACAGUGUAAAAUGACAUCAAAAAACGCAAAAUGAAUAACUAAUAACUAUUAUACCUCAGCUGAUUAAGCCGUAAUAUAACCUCAAAACAAAAUUGUUUAGGUUUGAAGUGAAUUUCUUUAUAAGCUCUGAAUUUGUGAUUGGACUGUGAGUUUGAAACCUUGAGAAGAAGUGUUUGAUUCAGAUGGUUUAAAAUGGGUUAUACAUGUAAUGUGUGUAAGAAAUCAUUUUCUAGAUGCGCAUUUUUAGUUCAUAACUCUGACAGCAAAUGCAAUCCUGCCCCUAAGGAAGUUUUACCAGUUAGGCCUAGGCCUAGUACAUCAACAUCGUUUGAGCAAGUAGAACAGUCUCUGCCAUCUACUUCUAGUAAUGCAGAUCCAAGCGCUCCUACAGUUCUUCAAAACGGAUCACUUUUUAUGGUCGUCCACUUGAACAAUGAGGAAACACGUAGUAGGCCUUAUGCUAAUUUAACAGAAGUUGAUAUCAGACAUGAAGAGUCUACGACAACUACAGAUAAUAAAAAGAGCUAUGAAUCAAAUGAAGACAAUGCCAGUGAUUUUAUUGAAGAUUUGUUUGAUUUAUUGCCUGAAGCGGCAGAAGAACAACAGCUACAGAAUGUCGACGUGCUGUUUGACAUAGCUCCAGAUUUGGUAGAAAAUGUUGCCAUUGUAGUUGAACAAGUCAACCCAAUAGAAGUAGCGCCAACAGAGGAACACCAGCAGAUGGAGACAGCAGAGUCGAACUUAGAACAUAAUAAUACAGCUGCUUUGCUCGAGGAAACAGAUGAAGCUCCUAAAGGGUUCACCAAAAAUGGGAACCCGAGGAAAAGAGCUGCGCCGAGGUGUAAAGAAGACAUUAAAUCAAAACGUGAAAAAAAUAAAGAUAAACAUGCACUUCAGCCCCCAUGUAAUAAUACAUGUAAAAGAAAAUGCACGACCAAACUUACAGAACACAGAAGAAUGAAAAUCCACGAACACUUUUGGGCUAUGGAGGAAAAUGAGAGAAAAGUUUUUAUUUUAGGGCACAUUGAUAAAAGCAAAGUUAAAAGGAAAACACACCCAGAGGAAGAAUCAAGGAGGGGAAAAACAUUCUUUUACUUCCUUACAGACAGUGACGGAGCAAGAAAGAUGGUUUGUAAAACAUUUUUCUUAUCCACACUCGGCUACAAAAAAAACAAUGACAUGUUCAUUACUAAUGUUUUGAACAAAUCAACUGAUGGCGUUUUACCGAAACGCGAUCAACGGGGAAGACACCCCCCACAUAACCUUGUGGAUAGGAGUAUUAUCAAGGAUCAUAUUUUAAAAUACAAUCCAUGUAUAUCACAUUAUAGGAGAGAACAUGCUCCUAACAGGAAAUAUUUGCCCUGUGAACUGUCAAUAGCAAAAAUGCACGAAGAAUUAAUGAAAGAUCACGAAGCAGAAGAAAACUUUCAUUGUUCAUACGACUUGUAUCGAAAUGUAAUAUCAGAAAUGAACAUUUCCUUUGCAAAAUUGGGCCACGAGGAAUGCGAAAGAUGUGAAAAGUACAAUCUACACAAACAAGAUCAUGGCCAAAUCGAUGAACUUUUGUGUCCGGAAUGCAAUGAAUGGAAAGAUCAUAAAAAGAAAUAUACUGAAGCCCGAGAAGCAUAUGAAAAAUCAAUUGAUAAAGACAAUUUAGAUAGUUAUAGGCCUUCUGGUACAGUUGUCUACACAAUGGACUUGCAGAAAGUAAUAAUGUUGCCUCACAUUGAACAGUUCAAAGAAGCAGUGUUUACUCGUAGAAUUGUCCUUUUCAAUGAAUCAUUUGUGCCUGUUGGAAAAAAACCAACCAUGGAUCCUUUUGCAUGCAUCUGGCAUGAGGGAAUUUCCGGUAGGAAAAAGGAGGACAUUGCGAGUGCAUUAAAUUCUUUUAUCAUGCACAAAAGAGAUGAAAAAAAAAUAUACAUUUGGAUGGACAAUUGUGCAGCCCAGAACAAAAAUUGGGCUUUGUUUUCCUACCUGACAGGAUUGGUAAAUUCAAAUGAUAUUGAAGCUAAUGAGAUUGUUUUAAACUAUCUAGAGACAGGACAUACAUUUAUGUCUGCAGACCAUUUCCAUCACCAAGUUAAUAAACAGAUAAAGUCAAAAGGAAAAAUGUAUGAUUUUGAAGACUUCAAAGAUGCUGUCAAAGCUAGUAACUCUGGAAAGGUUACUGUAAAGAGUAUGGAGCAUCAGGACUUUUUCACAGAAUUUAACUAUUCUUCACAGUAUAAAAUUAUGCAUAAAGUUCCUCGUCCAUAUCUUAGUGAAAUGGUACAUGUUCUUUUCCAAAGAGGAUCUUUUGACGUGUUCUACAGAAAAUCAUUCAGUGGGGAAGUCUUUCAAUUGUCCUUUUUAAAAGCAGGAUUUACGAAGAAGAGAGAAGUUCCAAAACCAAAUACAAGAACCAGCCCCAGAGGUGUGAACAAAGAAAAGAAACAAGACAUUAUUAAAAAACUUGUGCCUUUGAUGCCUCCCAACAGACAUGGCUUUUGGGUUGAUCUAGCAGUGAGUGAGGAGCCUGAUCUAAUCACAGAACAUGACAUUGACUGA